GUUCUUCUUAAUUCUGUUCCACUGACUGGAAGUCUGUCAGUGAUCUCUUUUUCUUUCUUCCCGCAGAUGUGUUUGGGUUUUGAGACAUCUAUCUAUCUAUCUAUCUAUCUAUCUAUCUAUCUAUCUAUCUAUCUAUCUAUCUAUCUAUCUAUCUAUCUAUCUAUCUAUCUAUCUAUCUAUCUAUCUAUCUAUCUAUCUAUCUAUCUAUCUAUCUAUCUAUCUAUCUAUCUAUCUAUCUAUCUAUCUAUCUAUCACGGGUGAAUUUCUAAGAGGCUUGUCCUGUAUAUCCAGAUCCAGACAUGCUUGACUUUGUGUGUGUGUGUGUGUGUGUUUAAUUCUCAGGAUUUACAGCCGGAAGAAAGCACUAAUAGAGAAAGAUUGCUCACAGGCUCUACAUAAACUUCACAGUACUUGAAGCGAGAGUGGUCUGGAGCCCCAUCAGAGGAGCAGAGAGACUCCAGAAAUGUUUGGGCCGUAUGGAGAUCCUACCUGGAGAAUGUGAUGAAAGUGAGCCAGUCUCAUAUUAACGGAUGAGAGAACUACAGGAACCAGAUCUCAGAUCCUGUGAAGACGUUCAGAGCGCAGAAGGACCUGCAGCUGAAGAAGUGUUACGAACAGCAUGCGAGAGCUCAGGCCGAUCUGCAGGUCACGAUCAGAGACCUAGAGAAGAGCAGGAAGACCUACCAGGAGGCGGAACAAACAGCGCAGACUGUGAGAGAGAACGCUGAUAUGGAGGCCAAGUACGUUCGCUGACCUGUCACAUGUGAAGGAAGUGACAUCAGCUGUCCACAAGGGCAGAAGGUCAGGGAACUGCUGAAGGAGAGUGGCACGGCUGAAGAACACAGUCUGAAUAAGGAAGCAAGGAAAUGGGCCAAACGUGUGGCCAGAGAACACAUAACAUCAACCUUACGCAGUGGUCCAGAUCAUAAGUAGACGUCUGGCUGAAGAGCGCCAUGAUCCAAGUGAUGGAGGACCCGGCGAACGAGAUGGGCGGCCCUCAAUACCCAUGAUGCUUCAUUCUCUGUAAGUCUGAAUCUCUUACCGUCUAAGUCAGAGUUACGCAAACCCCUAUAACCCAUUCUAAUCAUGUUUUACUAUGAAUGUCUAAAGCAUUCUGUAGAUUUUGACAGAGAAGAUGAUGAGGACACAGAGACGCUGGACGACAGCAGCUUCAGCUCCUCCAGCACUCACAGGAACUGCAAAUGGUGCACACUAGCCUGAUGUUCUUUGGUCUAUUCAUCCAUUUGCAAUGUCAUUUCCUUUGUUUUAUGUCCCAGCCUGAUGAUCUCACAAUCCAGGAAGAGGAAAUACUGGAGCUAAUUGAUGAUGGAGACAUGGAGUACACGCAAACCCUCUUAACUUUGCUAGGAACAGAGCAGGGCAGGUGGGCUAUGUGCCGGAGAAAUACCUGCAACUCCCAACUUUCAGCUCUCUAUUGAGGAUGCUCAUGUCUUUCUCCAGCAUGGGCACCCAAUCACACACCUCCAGCACUUCUGCACAACAAGAGCCAGAAAUAGUGACACUCACCCACAGCACCCCAAACACUUAUAGCAGCACCAUAAAUCUGACCAGGACUCUGUAUGCCUAUGAGGCUCAGACAGAGGACGAGUUGUCUUUCCCCGAGGGAGCCGUUAUUUACAUUCUCAGCAAACACAACCAAGAAGAUGAUGGGUUCUGGGAGGGCGAGUUCAAUGGAGCAGUGGGCGUCUUUCCCGCAGUAUUAGUGGAGGAUCUGUGCAGACCGGAGAAUGCACAAACACAAAGGAGCAUGAACGUGCAGGUGUCUUUGUCAAAUCUGGAUCAAGCGGCUUGUACACCCACAGUGUUUAUAUCCUGUAGCAGUCCAGAGUCCAUCUCACUGCCAUCUUUGACCAGCACACUCACUUUAAAUGGCUAUCAAACCCCAGAACUCCCCAAACGUUUUAGCCACAGUCACACCCACACCGCAUCACUCAGAUCCCCAGGAGAGGGCGGGUCGGGCCUGAGACCUGUACAAGCUGCUCCACCUCCACCCAAACAGCAGGCACAGGGCCAGGUGCAGAAGAGAGAAGAUGUGGAGAUCACACUGGUUUGAGUGACACAUUGAGGCACAUUUUACAAAUUGACUUUGCCAUGCUUGGAUCCGAUGCAGGGUGGACGUUUAAAUUAGGCCAAAAAGGGCAAUUAAAACAGACAAGGCCUAAAUGUGUUAAUAAAUGGACAUCCAAAAGCAGGCUUUACUAGAACUACAAAGAGACUUUAAAGGGAAAAGUGUCAAUUUCCCUGGCAAAAAAAGUGUUGACUUUAUGUAUGAUUAUACAGGUGCAUCUAAAUAAAUUAGAAUGUCGUGGAAAAGUUCAUUUAUUUCAGUCAAGUUGUGAAACUUGUGUAUCAAAUAAAUCAGUUAAUCA